AAAGUGUCUGAGGCAGGCAGAGAUGUGCCUGACUGUUCCCUAAGCUUAGCUAAGAAGAGAAGGAGAAACUGGGAGGCAGGUGGCCACAGGGAUGGCUGGGAAGGUCUUGUUUCUGGAAAACCCAAGGGGUAUCUUGUCAGAUCCUCAGAGGGGGUGUCUGGCAUAUUCUAACCCCAGCCUCCUUCCUCUCCCUGUUGGGGAGCAGGAAUGGGAGCUGGAUGGAAAACCAUCCUAGGAAAGAGCCUGCCUAUGUGUGCUGAGUUAGCCCAGAGCAGCCCCUAGGUGGGAAUUAGGGAGGAGCUGAGAAGCUCUUACAGGACCCUGGGGAGGGAGUGUGAGUCUUAAAUUGGGAGGCUGAGGUCAGACCCCACCCUGUAGCCUCUGCAGAUGAACAAAGGCAACAUUCCUUCCUGCUCCCACCCUUAGCUUCACAAGGGUGAUCCAUUCUCUCUGAGAGGUCCACUGAGGAGUCAUCCUUCCCAGCCAGAGCCUAGAGAGGGAGCCACCAGGCUUCUGUCCCUGCAGCGUGCACAGUUCCUCAUCCAAAUGCCUGAGUAGAGUUUGUGUCCAUCCUCCUCCACCCCAGCCCUGGGACAAUCCAGGGAGGAGUAUGGAGAAGUGGGUGAGCAGGCCCCUGCUGUGUCUGAUGCUACUCCUGUCCUUCCCUCAGCUCUGCCUGGAUCUGGAGUUGAGCUCUGAACAGGUGUUGUCUGAACAGUCUCUUCAGACACCUCCAGAGAAGGGCCAGAGCCCUGAGGGUGUCUGGGGACCUUGGGACCAGUGGGCCUCUUGCUCCCAGCCCUGUGGGAUAGGAGUGCAGCACAGGACCCGGACAUGUCAGCUUCCUAUAGCUCAACUCCAUCCAAGCCUGCCCCUCCCUCCCCAGCCCCCAAGACACCCAGAAGCCCUCCUCUCUCCGGGUCAGAGACCCAGACCCCAAACUUCCCGAGAAACGAUCCCCCUCUACAGGCCACAGCCUCGGGAAAGGGGCGGCCCAUUUCGAGGUUCUGCUUCCCACCUAGGGAGAGAGGAGACUCAGGAGAUUCAAGGGGCCAGGAGGUCCCAGGUUCGAGACCCCAUCAAGCCAGGAAUGUUUGGCUAUGGAAGAGUGCCCUUUUCAUUGCCACUGCAUCGGAACCGCAGGCAGCCCCAGAGACCGCCCAGAUCUGAGCUCUCCCAGACCUCUUCUGGAGGGGAGGAGCCCCUUCCAUCCCUGAUUCCAAAAGCAGAAUCAACCUCUGCAAACCACAGGCCCCAAACUGAACUCCCUCUUACAGAACUGUCUGCCCACACUCCAUCCCCGCCAGAAGAAUCCCUAAGCCCUGAAACUGCUCAGACAGAAGUAUCCCCCAAAACCAGGCAGGCCCCCCACCCGCAACAGCCCUACCUUGGAGCCAAGGCUGCUAGCACAGAGCCUACCACACCCACUCCCUCCUUAAUAGAAAGUGGCUUCUUCCAUGCAACCCUUCAGCAGAGAAUCCAAAGUUCUCAGAGUUGGGCCAAUCCCCAGGUAUCAGGGAGACACCCUGAUCCUUUGCUUUUUGUACCUCGGGGACAGGGCUGGCAGAGGCAGGGGCAUUGGAGAACUGGGGGGAAUCUUCACAGGCGCAUGCAGUCUGUCCCUCACCACUCAGAUGGCUGGCUGCCUCUGCUGAGUGCCGGCCCCCACUCCAGCUCCCUGUGGAGCCUCUUUGCUCCCAGUAGCCCUGUCCCAAGAUGUUCUGGGGAAAGUGAGCAGCUGAGAGCCUGCAGUCAAGCGCCCUGCCCCCCUGAGCAGCCUGACGCCCGGGCCCUGCAGUGUGCCGCCUUUGACUCCCAGGAAUUCAUGGGCCAGCUGUACCAGUGGGAGCCCUUCACAGAAGUCCAGGGCUCCCAACGCUGUGAACUGAACUGCCGUCCCCGUGGCUUCCGCUUCUAUGUCCGUCACACUGAAAAGGUCCAGGAUGGGACCCUGUGUCAGCCUGGAGCCCCAGACAUUUGUGUGGCUGGACACUGUCUGAGCCCUGGCUGUGAUGGGAUCCUUGGCUCUGGCAGGCGUCCGGAUGACUGUGGAGUCUGUGGGGGUGAUGAUUCUACCUGUCGCCUUGUUUCGGGGAACCUCACUGACAGAGGGGGCCCUCUGGGCUAUCAGAAGGUCCUGAGGAUUCCUGCCGGGGCCUCUCAGCUACAGAUCGCCCAGCUUCAGCCCAGCUCCAACUACCUUGCACUUCGAGGGCCUGGGGGCCGGUCCAUCAUCAAUGGGAACUGGGCUGUGGAUCCUCCUGGGUCCUACAGAGCCGGUGGGACUGUCUUCAGAUAUAACCGUCCUCCUCGGGAGGAGGGCAAAGGGGAGAGCCUGUCAGCUGAGGGCCCCACCACCCAGCCUAUAGAUGUCUAUAUGAUCUUUCAGGAGGAAAACCCAGGCGUUUUUUAUCAGUAUGUCAUCUCUUCUCCUCCAGUCUCUGAGAGCCCCAGCCCACUGCCCCCUGUCUCUCAACUUCAGCCUGAGAUCCUAAGGGUGGAGCUCCCACCCGGCUCUGCACCCCGUCCUGUCAGGACCCCAGGCACCCUCCAGCGUCAGGUGCGGAUCCCCCAGAUGCCUGCCCCACCCCACCCCAGGGCACCCCUGGGGUCUCCUGCUGGAUUCUGGAAACGAGUGGGACACUCUGAGUGCUCCGCAUCCUGUGGCAAAGGUGUUUGGCGCCCCAUUUUCCUCUGUAUUUCUCGUGAGUCGGGAGAGGAACUGGAUGAACGCAGCUGUGCUAUGGGCCCCAGGCCCCCAGCCUCCCUAGAGACCUGCCACAGCUCCCCCUGCCCCCCACACUGGGAGGUUGGUGAAUGGACAUCCUGCAGCCGCUCCUGUGGCCCUGGCACCCAGCACCGCCAGCUGCUCUGCCGGCAGGAGUUUGGUGGAGGUGGCUCCUCAGUGCUUCCAGAGCGCUGUGUACACCUUCCCCAGCCAAACAUCACCCAGCCUUGUCAGCUGCGCCUCUGUGGCCAUUGGGAGGUUGGCUCCCCCUGGAGCCAGUGCUCUGUGAGGUGUGGGCGGGGCCACAGGAGCCGGCAAGUUCGCUGUGUCGGGAACAAUGGUGACAAAGUGAGUGAGCAGGAGUGCGCUUUGGGUCCCCCAAAACCCCUCAGCAGAGAGGCCUGUGACAUGGGGCCCUGCAUCACAGCCUGGUUCCACAGCGACUGGAGCUCAAAGUGCUCCUCAGAAUGUGGUUCCGGCUCACAGCGUAGAGACAUCAUCUGUGUGUCCAAACUAGGGACUGAGUUCAAUGUGACCUCUCCUAGCAACUGUUCCCACUUGCCCAGGCCCCCCGCCCUGCAGUCCUGUCAGGGGCAGGCCUGCCAGGACCAAUGGUUUGCUACACCCUGGAGUCCAUGUUCUCGCUCAUGCCAGGGGGGAAUGCAGACAAGGGAGGUCCAGUGCCUGAGCAUCAACCAGACCCUCAGCACCCGAUGCCCUCCUCAUCUGCGACCCUCCAAGAAACAACCCUGUAACAGCCAACCCUGCAGCCAGCGCCCUGACGAUCAGUGCAAGGACAGCUCUCCACACUGCCCUCUGGUGGUGCAGGCCCGGCUCUGCGUCUACCCCUACUACACAGCUACCUGUUGCCGGUCUUGUGCCCAUGUCCUGGAGCGGUCUUCCCCGGAGCCCUCCUGAAAUGGUUCCGGGAGACUUUCUGUGGUUUUCUCACGCCAACAUUGGUCACCCGUUGAUCAGCCCACUCUGUGCCCGUUGGCUCACCAGGGAUGUCCUUCAGAGUGACUAAAGUUGGCAAGAUGAUGGACAGUGACUGUCAAGACAUGAAAUUGGGUCUGUGUGGUGCUGUGUUGGUAUGUGUGCACAUAUGACCCAGGGUGUGCACCUGGGCCUGCGUGUGUGUGUGUGCACAUGUGUAUCACUUUUCAAAAGGAAGUUCACAGACUGAAAAGGAAUGGGGAGGGGACCAUACCUGUUUCCCUGAGACUUUUCUAGGCUGAGAAGACAGUUUGCUGUUCUCUGCCAGCUCAGACUACUUAAUGUGGUCUUCCCCAUCAACUGCAAUUUUGUGCCCUGAACUUCUCAUGUUCAGGCCUGGCAUCUUUUUGCUUCUGACCCUUUACCCUUCACCCUUUACCCUCCCUACUCCUGACUCCCUACUUAGCUAGGGAUAGGGCCUGCCUUACUCUAGAAAGAGACUGCUUCCUAGAGCAGGGGCCAGCUGGACAGAGGAUGGAAAAGAGCAAUGUUAGCAUAAGACCCCUACCCCUACUCCCUACAUCCUCAAAAUGGUUGCCACCCCAGAACUAAUUUAUUUUUUAUUAAAGAUGAUCAUGACAAAUGAGAAACAGGCUCUUCAUUGCCCUCAAGGGAACCCAGACAAUGGGCCUCCAGGCAGAGUGAGGUCAGAAUGGAGGGCGGGAAGGGAACAACACUAAAGAGUCCGGAUCACCUGAGGCCAAGAGCCUGGGUCAGAGAAAGAGCAGCCUGGCCAACCCCAGGCCCUGCAGGUUGGUCACUGGC